CAUAGCCUAACAUAAAAAAUUCGCCUAAUCUACGUGCCAGAGAGUUACGAUCUCAUAUUGGACUGCUCCUCUUAUUUCAGAAGCUUAUAGCGGUGUCUUGACGGUGUGAAUUUUGUCAUAUUUACUCGAGAAAAAGAAAGAGAGAAACGCGGGAUAGGUCGCUUCUGAACUCGUGAAAAUGGUGAAUAAGCCCAUCGAGGAAACGUCCUCGCUUAUCGAUGUUGCCGAAGAAUUUGUGAAUUCGAAGGCAUGCCAGAAAGCUGACCCUUCGCAGUUCGAACUGCUGAAAGUUCUUGGACAGGGCUCCUUCGGCAAGGUAUUUUUGGUGCGCAAGUUGACGGACGCUGAUGCGGGAAACCUCUAUGCAAUGAAAGUUUUGAAGAAGGCAACUCUUAAAGUUCGUGAUCGUCUGAGAACUAAGAAAGAAAGAGACAUCCUGGUAGAUGUUCAGCAUCCAUUCAUUGUUAAACUCCACUAUGCUUUUCAAACAGAAGGCAAAGUUUAUUUGAUUCUUGAUUUUCUAAGAGGAGGGGAUUUAUUCACAAGGUUAUCGAAAGAGAUAAUGUUUACAGAAGAAGAUGUGAAAUUCUACUUGGCUGAGUUAGCUUUAGCUUUGGAUCAUCUUCACAAGAUUGGUAUUAUUUAUAGAGAUCUUAAACCUGAAAAUAUUCUACUGGAUGCUAGUGGUCAUGUUACACUGACAGACUUUGGUCUUUCUAAAGAAUCUGAAUAUGAUCAGAAAACGUACUCAUUCUGUGGAACAGUUGAGUACAUGGCUCCAGAGGUGGUAAACAGAAGAGGUCAUACACAAGCUGCAGACUGGUGGUCCUAUGGUGUUCUCAUGUAUGAGAUGUUGACAGGAGCUCUCCCAUUUCAAGGGAAAGACAGAAAAGAUACCAUGAAUAUGAUUUUAAAAGCAAAACUUGGCAUGCCUCAGUUCCUAUCACCAGAUGCUCAAAGUCUUCUGAGAAUGCUAUUCAAAAGGAAUCCAGCAAACAGAUUAGGUGUUGGUGAGAAUGGCAUUGAAGAUAUUAAGGCACAUUCCUUCUUUUCAUCCAUAGAAUGGGAGAAAUUAUACAAAAAAGAACUGAGGCCCCCAUUCAAGCCUGCAGCUGGGAGAGCAGAUGAUGCAUUUUAUUUUGAUCCUGAAUUUACCUCUAAGACACCUCAAGAUUCCCCAGCUGUUCCUCCAAGUGCCACAUGUCAUCAACUCUUUAGAGGAUUCAGUUUUGUGGAUCCAUUACUUGUACAAGAGGAAUCUGACCAAAUGACAUCCAAUGGUCCUGAAAAAAUGGAAACUGACCAUAGACCUUUGCAUAACAUCUUCCAGAUAAGAACAACGUCCAUUCUUGAAGAAUACGAUAUUAAACAGGAAAUUGGAAAAGGAUCGUUUUCAGUUUGUAAAAAGUGUAUUCAUAAAGCAUCAGGGGGAGAGUGUGCAGUUAAGAUUGUAGAUAAGAGUAAACGAGAUCCUACAGAAGAAAUUGAGAUUCUUUUACGUUAUGGAAGCUACCCAAAUGUGAUUCACCUCAGAGAUGUCUUUGAAGAUGACAAAAAUGUGUUUAUGGUGAUGGAGCUGAUGAAGGGUGGAGAGCUUUUGGACAGAAUACUUAAACACAAGAGUCUAUCAGAAAGAGAAGCUGCUCUCAUCAUGUUCACUCUGGCUAGCACGUUUACUUUUCUUCAUGAAGAAGGGGUUGUACACAGAGAUCUAAAACCAAGCAACAUCAUGUACGCGGACGACAGAGGCAGCCCCGAGUCUCUGAGGAUAGUUGAUUUUGGUUUUGCUAAACAGAUCCGAGCAACAAAUGGUUUGCUAAUGACUCCAUGCUAUACGGCAAAUUUUGUGGCUCCAGAGGUGCUCAAGAAACAGGGAUACGAUGCGGCGUGUGACAUCUGGAGCUUGGGUGUACUUCUCUACACCAUGCUAGCUGGGCAAACACCAUUUGCUGUCGGCCCAGAAGAUUCUACAACGGUCAUUUUGUCAAGAAUCGGGGAAGGAAAAUAUUCCCUGGUGGGGGGAGCCUGGGAUCACGUCUCAGAUGUUGCCAAGGAUUUAGUCAGACAGAUGCUUCACGUGAAUCCAAGACUGCGGCUGACAGCCAAACAGGUUCUUCAACACCCAUGGGUAGUCAGUCGAUAUCAACUACCUCAGCACAGGCUUCACCAAGUCAGCAGUGUGUCAAGAAUUAAGGAAGCUGUCAAGGCCACUUUCUCGGCCCUCUCCUCCCCCGACAACAAGCGGCUAAAACCCGUCCAUGCCUCGCUGCUGGCACAGCGAAGAACGAGAAAGAAGUCGCCAAAAUAAACAAUGGGGUGUCUUUUGUCCGCAUUCUUCCUUUUGUAAUGAUACUUUUGUACGUGUUAUAGAUAGGAACAUUUUUUACGUUCUUGAACAAGCGAUAUUUAGAUAACCUGCAAAACAUCCGUUUUUUCCGUCUAUCUGGGUGCAGUGUUCUUAUAUGACGAGACUAAGUCGAGUCAGCAGUCAUCGCGGGCUCACCUAAUGCUCAUAAUAGAUCUCGACAUUUUAAAUGGUUUCCUGCUCAGAGAGUUUUGGUUUAACACGUAUGCCGUUGUUCCACUCAGCCUCCUUAAAUUCGAGUGGAGAAAAGGCUGUUUUGCAGGAUAAUACUGUAAAGUUGACAGAAUAUUGAUAUGUGAGUGGUACAUAUUUAUGUGGAUACAGUCAGGCUUAAUUAGUUCAGAAAAAUGAAAUGGUAAGACAUUCGGCCAAGACCCAUGUGAUUUAUCAAUUUUUGCCAUCGUGGAAUUGUCUCAGUGACGACUUCUCGGCGCAGAAUUCAUUAAUUCAUUAAACAAAAAAUACUUGUAUUGUGCGACUGAUGAGACAUUUUCAGAUCGUUACAUUAAAAAUUGUUCAAAGAAUAUACCACUAAAUUCAUACACUACAAAGAUUUAUCACUGGGAGGAUCAAGAAACACUUGGAUAGAAAAGAAAAAAAACAUUUUGAGCAAAAGUUAGAUUUCUUUUCUAGCCAAGGGUAGGAAUGGAGAGGUUACAAUUGGUUUGUUUGAUAUUUGGGCAAGCAUUGGAAAAAGAGGCCGAGAAAGUGGUAUUGUGACAAAAAAAGGCUAAAUUCAAAAAUUUCUGUCUGUCGCUGAAGGUCAAGGCUGAACAUUUAUGAAAAGUUCACUAGUUUAGUUUGGAGCACAGAGCCAUUAUUUUUCCCAGAAACUAGUAAAGUGUGCCAAUUUUAACGCGAAAUAACUCAGACCUAUUUUGUACUCUACGAGUCAUGAAUAUUUUUCUAUUUUUUCGGGGCGGUUUUCGUAGAAACUUUGUAUAAUGUUUGUACACAUGGUAGGUUAAGAUCACAUGCAUGGGUAAUAUAUGGGUGUCUUCAAGGUAAAGCUUUUGAUUAAGUAACGGACAUUACAAUGUAAACAUUAAAUAAAAAUUGAUUGAAUGAGGUGAAUAGAUGGGGGUGCACUCCAUCUCUUUCUUUGUUUAGAAUUUUCGAGCAGUUCUUUCUAACUUUGGGCUUCAAUUAGUGACUUCUUGUUAUUUGUUUUUGUAUGUUUACCGUGAAACUCUGUUGGAAAGUCCACGCGUAAUAAAUACCUCUAUGAGAACUGCUUUACUAAUGUUGAUGUAAGGAUUCGACUGGCAGGAGUUAAGUUUCUGCUAUGUCAAUGAAAUUACAUCGAGAAAAAAAAUAAAUAUUAGUUUUGUUCCAAAAACUUGGAGAAAAUAAAUAGUAUGGUAAAAGUCUUUCAA